AUGGGCAUCGCGGAGUCUACGCCGGAUGAGCUGCCGUCGGACGCCGAGGAGCAGCUGCGCAGCGGCGAGCAACAGCUGGAGUUGAGCGGGCGGCGGCUGCGGCGGCUGCCCAGCGCAGUGUGCGCGCUGAGCCGCCUGCAGAAGCUGUACGUGAGUGGCACCGGGCUGCGCGAGCUGCCCGAGGAGAUCGAGGAGCUGCGCGAGCUGCGCAUCCUGGCGCUCGACUUCAACAAACUCGAGCGCCUGCCCGACGGCCUGUGUCGCCUGCCGCGCCUCACKCGCCUCUACCUGGGCAGCAACCGGCUGCUGGCACUGCCCGCCGACUUCGCGCAGCUGCAGAGCCUUCGCUGUCUCUGGAUCGAGGGCAACUUCCUGCGGCGUUUUCCGCGACCGCUGCUGCGCCUGGUGGCGCUGCAAUCGCUGCAGAUGGGCGACAACCGGCUGCGCGCGCUGCCCGCGGAGCUGCCGCGCAUGACGGGCUUGCGUGGCCUCUGGCUCUACGGUAACCGCUUCGAGGAGUUCCCGCCAGCGCUGCUGCGCAUGGGCCGCCUGCAUAUCCUCGACCUCGACCGCAACCGCCUGGGAGGCUUCCCCGACUUACACCCGUUGCGCGCUCUGCGCGUCUUCUCUUACGACCACAACCCGGUCACCGGACCCCCGCGCGUCGCGGACACGGUCUUCCUUGUGGGCGAAGGCGCCGUGGAGCGCAUGGCGGAGCGUGAUGAGCCUACGCCGCGGCCGCUCCCCAGGCGCCCGGCACGGGCCUUUGAGGAUGAGGAGGAAGAAGACCUGCUCAUAGGCGGCGCUGGCUCCCGGGUCCUGGCGCACCCGGGGGGCAACCUCCGUGCUCUGGAAGGCCCUCCAGGACUGGGCACCUGAACCCCUG